ACCCAGAGGCGAGGAACAACUUCAGGGUUUAAUUUACGGGUUUCUGCCUUCUUUUUCUUUUUUUUAAACACAACACUUUUUCGCAGACUUGCGGUGGGGGAAAGCGCCAAAUAGAUCUGAAGCUGACGAGCAGGACACCUGGCUGAUACAAGAGCGGAAUGCGGGGUGAUGAUUGUACCUGCCGCGGCACCGACACGAACACACCGCAGCUUCUGGACGCGAUGGACGGACGACCGUCGGCAGCUUCCAGGCAGCCUGUCGGCCGGCUUUUACCCGGAGAAAACGUCCACGUGGGGAGAACCGCGGCUCAGGUGUGUGUGAAGAAACAAGCUGUGAAGAGACACCAUCACAAACACAACUUGAAGCACAGGUACGAGUUUCUGGAGACGCUCGGCAAAGGAACAUACGGAAAAGUGAAGAAAGCCAAGGAAAGAUCCGGCAGACUGGUUGCCAUAAAGUCCAUCAGAAAGGAGAAGAUAAAAGAUGAGCAAGACUUGAUUCAUAUUCGCAGAGAAAUUGAGAUCAUGUCCUCACUCUGUCACCCACACAUCAUCACCAUCUAUGAAGUAUUUGAAAACAAGGACAAAAUUGUGAUUGUGAUGGAGUAUGCCAGCCAGGGAGAUCUAUAUGACUACAUCUGUGACAGGAGCAACAUCUCUGAACGGGAGGCCAGGCAUUUCUUCAGGCAGAUUGUAUCAGCUGUGCACUACUGUCAUCAGAAUGGGAUAGUCCAUCGGGACCUGAAACUGGAGAAUAUUUUACUUGACGGCAACGGUAAUGUGAAGAUUGCUGACUUUGGCCUGUCAAACCUCUACCGUGGUGAUGAGUAUCUUCAAACCUUUUGCGGUAGCCCCCUGUAUGCUUCUCCAGAGAUUGUGAAUGGAAAGCCAUAUCAUGGACCAGAGGUGGACAUCUGGUCCCUUGGUGUGCUGUUAUAUACUAUGGUUCAUGGCAAUAUGCCAUUUGAUGGACACAACCAUAAAACACUGGUCCAGCAGAUAAGCACAGGCAACUACCGUAGGCCCAAGAACCCCUCUGAUGCAUGUGGCCUCAUUCGUUGGAUGCUGAUGGUCAAUCCUGAGCGUAGAGCAACAAUAGAAGAAAUUGCUGGACACUGGUGGCUCAGCUGGGGUUAUCAGCAGCCGUUAAUCACUGAUGCAAAGAACACUUCAGGAGAGCAGACGACUUCACACAGUUCUGCAUCUACCCCACACCCCAUUGGGCUGGCCAGUAUCACCAGUUGGCUCCGCCGAACAUCCAGGCCUUUACUGGAAAAUGGCUCCAAGGUGCGCUGCCUUCUUCGGACACAGGGUGGUGGGGGAGAUGUAGUCCGACAGCACUCUUUGCGAAGAUCACGCAAGGAGAACAAUAUGUCGCAGACCAUUCAUGAGGGAGAAGCAGACACCUGUCCAUCAAAAGUCAUUCUCAAGAGACGAAACAGUUUUAAACAGAAAGUAAUUCCUGAAACGGCAGCUGUAGGCACAGCAGAGCCACAGAAUCUUUUAGUCUCUUCUGCGCAAGCCAGUGUCGUUUCAGUUGGUUUGCCACCUCGUAAAGGUAUCCUUAAAAAGCCCCCAGAACAAGAAUCAGGGUAUUAUUCCUCCUCUCCUGAGAACAGUGACUCUGGUUGUGUACCACAACCGACUGAGUGUCCCUCAGCACCAGCCUUUCGAAAAGGCAUCCUAAAGCGCAAUGGAAAGUUCUCAGGUGGUAUGCAGGAGUUUGGCUCUGUGGACCACCUGUCAGUUUCAUUACCUUGUGAGAGCACCAGAGUGAGGACAAGUGGAGCCAUCAGUGAAGACAGCAUUCUGUCUUCAGAGUCUUUUGAUCAGCUGGAUCUACCAGAUCAUGUGGGACAAUCAACACAGAUGGAAAAAUUGACUAAGACAACCAUGAGAGGAUGUGUGUCUGCUGACAACCUCCUGGACAUCCAAGAUGAUGCAAUUCUUGGCGAUGGAUUGCUCAGGUCUUGGAAAUGCUAUGAGACUGGAGUGGCUGAUAGUACCUUUUCUAUCACAGACUGCGACAACGUGACAGCAGCUUACAAACAGGCCAUGGUUAUACGAAGCAAAACAUCAAGCUGAAGAUCAGAAAUUGGUGAUGGAUCCUGAGCCAACCAUUGUGCUUGAUCAUUCACUUCUGAAAAUGUGCAUAGCCAAAGUGAUGUUUGUGAUAUUUCAGCAAAUUUGAGUGACUUUUUUUUUAAAUAUUGUCUAAAUUCAGGAAUUCUACUCUACCAAAAAGGAGACUUGCUGUUAAACAUAAGAUAUUAUUUUCAGUGUUAAUAUUUAAUUGUGGUUUUUUUGGUGGGCUUGUUUUAUUAAAGUAAAAAGUGCUAAGAAUAAUGAUAUGGCAAUGUAUUUUACAAA